CUGUAUGGUUAUUUUUUCCCAUAAGGUGACAAUAAUUUUGGUCUAUUGCCUCUACUUUGGCUACUUAACGUCCAGUCUAAGGACACACGCAGGACUGACUUGCCAGAGAGGUGUGAAGCUCUCAGGUGAAACAGCAUCCUCCCAUCCCUUCAUUAGACGGAUCACAUCAAACUGACAAUUGUCGCCGUGCAGACUUUAAAGAGUAAUUUCCAACAAAAGGAAUCUAAUUAUUUUUCUUUCUAUCACAUUAUCCGCCUAUUUAGCCUUAUUCACACCCCAGUGAUAACGAACGGCGUCCUUCGGGAAGGUCGCAUUUUGGCACUUGCGGUUUUCUUUGAACUUUUUUUUUUUUUUUUUUUUCGCCUGAGCUGUGAACCCAUAAACCUCCGGAGAUCUGCUUCCAUAUAAAAACUCUUUGGCAAAAUCGCGACUUUCACACAAUCUGCUCGUCAUUCACGCUGAAUGUCACCCUCACUGCGAGAGCAUCUGGAUUUCUAACAUGAACCUGGAUGUUGUUACGGCUCAUCUGCUGUCUGGAUGGAAGUGCCACGAGAGUACUUUCGGAGACGGCCAAGAGUCGCUCCAGUCCAGCUCGCCGGAGUCUCCGGUGGACUCCAUGUGCUCCUCGCCGGAGAUGUGCUACUCCAGCGAGCAUCGGGAGAUCGGGGACUUCUCUUUUGGUUUUACGGGCCGUAAAGUUUCUCCGAGCGCGCAAAGGCAGGGCAAGUCAAAGAUGUCCACCAAGAGGCGCAUGAAAGCCAGCGAGAGGGAGAAGAUGCGGAUGCGGAGUCUUGCAGAGGCUCUACACCAGCUCCGCGACUACCUGCCGCCCGACUACAGCAAGAGAGGCCAACCUCUGACCAAGAUACAAACGCUCAAAUACACCAUCGAGUACAUUAACAAGCUCUCUGACAUCCUGAGCCGUGCGUAAAGGACGCAAAAUGGACCACUUUUACGCAUCCGGUUCACCCUCACCCGGACAUUUGCUGAAGUUAAUUACGCAUCUCUGAACUUUAUAACCUAAUCGCCCGGUUGCAUUUAAUAUUUUUUUCCAUACCCAUGCUGUAAAUAUUGUUUAGCGUGCACUUGGCAAUUAUUUUGUAUAUGUGGCUGCCUUUGUGGGAAUUAUGAAUUCCGUGUUUGGACUUAUAGUUUAUCUAGUUUGUAGCUGGUAACUUACAACGCCAUCCUCCAUGCGGGGAACUGGUUUUAAUCUCUCGAAUGUGUUUCUUGUAUAGUGCAGAAUUUAAGAAGCUGUGUGAUAUUUUAAAGUUUUGCUGCGUCUGCAAAAGCUAUUAAAUAAGUCUUUGUUUUUGUCUUAUCUACAUAUUUUUUAGUUCUUUACA